GUAACCUCUGUGAUCUGUGGAUUAUUGAGAGGUUACAUUGUUUGUAUCUUGUGUACUUUGACGUUUUUAUGUGUUCAUUUAUCAUUUUCUAUUUAAAAGGAAUAUAAAGUAUAUUCGACUUCGUAUUGUAUACCCAAAGUGAUACAGCAUGAAAGUGGAGAAUUUGAAGAUUAUCGUUUUUGAUUUAGAUUAUACACUUUGGCCCUUCUGGAUCGAUACCCAUGUUUCGCCCCCAUUUAAAAAACAAUCCUCCAAUCGGAUAGUCGAUAAUUAUGGCGCCAAAGUGAAAUAUUACCCCGAAGUUCCGGAGAUUUUAAAAAACUUACAAAACCAGGGUUAUGAGCUGGGCAUCGCCUCGAGAACAUCGGAAAUUCAGGGCGCUAAACAAUUACUUAAUCUGCUUGGAUGGGACAAGUAUUUUACCUACUGGGAAAUUUUCCCCGGUAGCAAAGUCACUCACUUCAAUAACAUCAAAAAGCAGUCCAAUUGCCACUUUGAGGAAAUGCUUUUUUUCGACGAUGAAAAUCGCAAUAUCACCGACAUCACUCGGUUAGGAGUAGUUUCGAUAUUGGUAAAGAACGGCGUUAGUAAAAGUGUGGUGGAGAAUGGCAUUCAAAAGUAUAUCGAGGCGAGAAAAUAAACAAGUUGCAAACAAAA